AUGGAAAAGUCUCAAGAGGAUUUAUCUUCUCGCGAUUUUGUUUGUGAGAUAUUGCAUUUUCAAGAAUAUCUUGAUGAUCUUCGUCCUAAACUAACUCCUAUUCCAUUAAUCAAAAAGCGACUCAUUGUUCCUAUAAAGCAACUCUUCAGGCAUCUACGUGAUCGAGUGCGAAGUGGGAGACAAAUUCCACAAGUCAUUCAAGAUACGACUACACAACUACCAUUUGUGUCUGCCUUCGUUAUUACUACAUGCAAGGCCCAAGGAUACACAAUGAGCAAAGUCGUAGUCGAUCUUCAAGCUUCGCCCGGGACACUGCAACUUGAACGGCAUUCUACGCGAUCAUUAACAUUAGAAGAAAAUGUUGUUGUGGCACAAAUUCAAUCAAAUGUAGAUGAAAUCAGCGAUAUUCAACAUAUUUGCGAAAGUGCUAACAUCAUCGGCGGAUGA